AGAAGGCGCGAGCUCCAAGGCCCCUCCCGCCUAGUGAGCCCGUCCGGCUCCCACCGACUCCCCUCCGCCCACGCGGUGAGCCCGUCCGCCCUCCGGCUCGCACUGCCAGGGAGCCCGGCCGCGUGCCCCUGCUCUCCCGGCACAGCGAACUCGCCCGCCCUCCUCUCACCCCUCACCGCCGGGCAAACUAGCCGGCCCCGCUGCGGCCGCCAGGAUGGGGGUGGCGGUCGCGCUGGGCUCCGGGGCCGCCCGCUUCUUCUUCUACCCGACGCUGCUCUACACCCUGGUGCGGGAGCGGCUGCCCGGCUCCCAGCGGCCCUGGUUCCACCGCAUCGACGGGGCCGUGCUGCUGGGGGCGCUGCCGCUGCGGGGACGGAGCCGCAGGCUGGUGGCGGAGGAGAACGUGCGCGGGGUGCUCACCCUGAACGAGGAGUAUGAGACCCGCUUCCUCUGCUGCUCCGCCCAGGAGUAUGAGGCAAUGGGAGUAGAGCAGCUGCGUCUCGGCACUGUGGACCUGACUGGAGUUCCCACAUUGGAAAACCUGCAGAGAGGUGUUGAAUUUGUACUGAAGCAUCGGGAGUGUGGGAACAGUGUCUAUGUGCACUGCAAGGCAGGACGCUCCCGCAGUGCCACCAUGGUGGCAGCAUAUUUAAUUCAGCUGUACCAGUGGAGCCCUCAGGAAGCAAUAGAAGCUAUUGCCAGGAUCCGUCCCCACAUCCUUGUUCGCCCCAGGCAGGUCCAGGUCCUGGAAAGAUUUCACAGGAAUGUGAUUGCUGAGGCAGCUGCAGAGAGUCAGCAAGAGCUACCAGAAACCAUCCACCUGCUCCCCACAACAAGAACAAGUUCCUCGUGAACUAAUAAGGAACAGACUGCUGCACAACCAAUAAAGAACUUUUCAGACACAUAA